AUGGACAUAGACGAGGGGUACCUUUCCUCGGAUCCAUCAGAUGUCGAAAUGUACAUCACUCCUACUCCUUCGGCCCCAGCGUCCCACCUGAACGAUAGCAAGCCUGACCUCCAAGCGGACGACGCCGUCAGCACGAAGGCGAGCUCAGAUAUCGACGAAGUCGAACACCCCGAGGAAGGCGUCUCCGACCCUCAAGAAUCCAUGGACCUUCUUGGGCGCGUUCGAGGCAUGCACAGGCUCCUCGACCUCAUCUACGAAACAGGCUCUGGAGGAAUCGUGGACAAGGUUGACUUUCGUGCACUCGACAAUCACGUUAUCAAGCCUGUCGGCGUAUACGGUAGCAUUUCUCGGCUCGUCGAGUUUCUUCACGAGCUUGGUCGUGUAGAAGAUGAAACUGCUGCUCUGCUACUCGCCGAAAGGGACGAACGCUCGGGACAUUCCCGCCCCGUGCUGAGACCCGGUCUUUACCUUCUUGAUGCUCGCGAGGUCCAGCAAGAUCUCAUGUACAUCGUCUUCUGGCCCGAAGACGAAACAUGGCUCGAUGGCUCGACCUCCUCUGUCGCUCGCAAUCGGGUGACCUUUAUGAGAUAUCUCACCAAAUUGUGUGACCAACUUGUAUGCCUCAUCUCCGACGAACAUUCUGCCAAUCUGGUGUGGAAGGAAGAAGGUCCAGCCAAGACCGACGGGGACGAGGAAGAAGAUACAGAAGUGGAUGAAUCCAUGGACGACUACGAUCGUGUCUAUACCUUUGCCGUCGAACAAACAAACGAGGAAGAGGAAGGUGUCGAGGCUAAACCAGGGUUCAAGUUUCACCAUUCUUCUAUUCAUCAAACAACGAAUUCACCUCUCAACCUUCCCGACGCUUUGAGUCUCGACCUCUUUCGGUCGCAAAUCGUCGUUGGAGACACAUCUCAAGCGCUUCUAAAAUGCGAAUAUAUUGCAGAGGAGCUGAAGACUUUGGAUCUGGAUGAGGUUCUUGCUCCGCUCGCGCUCAAAGACCGGAUCAGUCCUGAAAAAUCUUCUACUAUUAUUCUGGGAGACAAGAUUUCCCACGAGGGUCUCCGGCUUCUCCUGGAACAUGGCCUUUGGGAUCGGCUCGGCAAGCUCAAGGACGAUUGGAACGAUCACAGUCGUGUAUUUCGUGACACUCUCGAAUCCGAAAGGAAGGCACAGAGAUCCCAAGGGCUUGAGCGCAUCAAUGGUGCGCGUCAGUUACUGAAACGGUCGAUGCCGCUAUACAUGAUAUAUCAAGCCGUUAAAUACUACCCUUUGCUCAAGCAAGACGUUCCAAUCCUCUUCAGGGAGGUGACUGUUCACGAACCUGGCGAGAAACUCGCUGAAGAAUUGAACGUCGGGUUUGCCGAGAUCGAAUCAUUCUUUCAGGCAAACCAAAGUGACAAACAGCAAGAGAUUGACCUAAAGUUGAAGACACUUGAAACACAUCGCAAUGCUCUCUAUGAUACACUCAAACGACGAAUUCGACGAGUAGACGAAGCUAUAAAUACGCGGGAUUGGCUCUCCGAAGAAGACAUACAGAAGCUGGUCGAUCUUAUCCCCACGAAGGGCAACUGGAACAAGGAAUUCCGUAGCAUUACUCGAAGGGGAGACGAAAAGGCGUGGCAUCAAAAGCUUACCGAUGGUGUCACUACGGCAAUGGCCAGCGCAGUGACAACAGUCGUGAACGCAAUUCCCGGUGCUCCUCAUCUUACCGCCGAUCGGGUCGCAAGACUUCCAGAUCUCCCUCACCAAAACGAUAUCGAAUUUGUUCACUGGGCUUCACAGUUGGAGGCGGAUAGACCUGUCUUUCUUGAUGCUAUUCAGGAGCUACGCCGAAGAAUCCGAGAAAUUAUCGUCAAAAAGAUUGGAGAAAUGGCCUCGAUCCCAGACGACAUAUGCUGGAAGAUGCAACAGCAGUUUGAUAGAGAAAUUCAGCAGGAUUUCGAUCAGCGGAAGGAGAAAGAGGAGGUCCGAGCUUUUGCGGAACUCAAGGAUAAGAUCCGAGAGCAUCUAGCCUCACAGGGUGAACCCGGCGGAAGGACAAUUACCAUCAAACACGUGACCAAUCAAAAGGGCUUUGGGUACUACGGUCCACCACGAGUUCGUAUCGAAGGAACAAUCAGUGUCUUGAAACGCCCUGGCUUAAAAUACACGCUCUGGCCACUUGAAAUCAAGGACGAAGACCGACGCAAAAGUUCCGAUGAUCCCGAUCAUGUUUGCAUGCCGGUCAUCAGACCAACUAAUGCAACUGCGUUUGAGCUACGCUUAGAUACAAAUAUCAAAUUUGCAUGUCUUGCUGGUAAUGACCAGUGCAUUGUCGUUUUGGAGAGUGCUGGGGAACUUCAUGUUCACUUCGAUUCUUUCAGCACUAUCAGCCAGUCGAUUAGCAGAGGCGGCUUUGCAAAGAGACUUCAUCUGACGAAGAUGGGCGCAAAUUGUCUAUUUGCUUUCGAUGAAACUAAGAAGCUUCUGGCAAUCGCGGCUGUCAACGAUAGCUCCGUUUACCUGCAUGUAUACUCUUGCGAUCCACAAAGCAAGACAAUCAACUCUCGAGGAAGCGCACUCAACCUCACAAAGUGGUGGAACGAAAGCCUGCCCCAUUUCACACACCUUGUAUUUGUGCCGGGUACAGAAGAACUCGUUAUGAUUGAGAAAAGUGGGAUAGUCAGAGUCUUCUCUAUGAUUACCGACAACUUCAGGCCUUCGACUCUUGAACUCGAGGGCUCUCCUUCCGAGGCCUAUAGCUCUCCAGACGGCUCUUCCCUCAUUACUGUUCACCGGGGGGUCGAAGAUAGCAGACCUCGGAUAAGAUGCUUUCAUUGGACGUCUUUUGGCUCAAAUGAGGGUAUUGCGAUUGAUUGGCCAAACUAUAUACCUUUGGACGCCCCCCUCGCCGUCUCGUCUGUUGGUAAUCGAAACAUACCCCACAUCAUAUUUCUACAUGUCGAGGAGGGAGCGUGCCACUCCCUACAUCUUCAUAUUACCAAAAAGUCGAGCGAGUUUACAUUUCGUUCAAGCAACAAAGGCGACCAAGGCGAAUCCAACAUGCGACAUUCGGUCAAUAAUUCCCUUAUUGACUGUCAUGCAGAAGUGUGGACGCGCUUCCCAGUUCAAGCUGCUAUCAAGAAUGAGCCUUCGGAUGCCGCGAUCCGGCUUUCGAAGUCAAUUACAUUCGUUUCAACCGCUCCAGAGCAUUCUUUCCAGGUCUACUUCUCGACUUUGAUUCGACAGUUUGAGACCAAGACGAGAAAGCCGACCAAAGGGGUCCUAAAGAAACUGAAAGUGUCUGCUUCAGAAGCAUGGUCCCCUACAUUCGAACAACUUGAAAUCUCCCAAACUCCCAUUGGAGAAUGGCUUGUUUCAAUGUUUUGCCUUAUUCCGAUACACCUCGCCAUCACGUCUUCCAACCGAUUUAACCCUCUGAAAGAUGGUGUAGUCUCUCCAGAAUUCGAGAGAUCGCUUCUUGGAGCCAAUGUCGCUCAGAUUGCCGAGUCGUUGUCAUUUGGCUGGUAUGAAUCUAUCUUCAACUCCUAUCUGGCCAAGAAGCCAGUCAAAGUUGUGACCUCCAUGGGGGAGCAGUCCGUGGGCAAGAGUUUUGCGUUGAAUCACCUCGUUGACACAUCUUUUGCUGGAUCUGCCAUGCGAUGUACGGAGGGGGUAUGGCUCUCGGUCACGCUCACUAAAGCUUGUCUCGUCGUUUCUAUGGACUUUGAAGGUGUUCAUUCCAUCGAGCGAAGUGCACAAGAGGAUACACUGCUUGUUCUCCUGAACUCCGCCAUCUCCAACUUUGUCCUGUUCAGAAACAACUUUGCGAUAUCGAGAGAUAUUGCAGGGUUAUUCACCAGCUUCCAAUCUUGUACGACGGUCUUGGAUCCUGCUGCCAAUCCGCAGCUCUUUAAUUCGACUCUUGGGAUCAUUAUCAAGGACGUCAUUGACUCGGACACGAAGGAGAUUGUAAAUGAAUUCAAGCAGAAGUUCCAGCGUAUUGUUCAGCAGGAGAGGGCCGACAACUUUAUAUCGAAAUUGCACAAGGGCAAGCUUGAUAUAAUUCCUUGGCCUGUCAUCGAAUCUUCGCGCUUUUAUGAGUUAUUUGGGGCUCUGAAGCUACGCCUUGAACGACAACCAUUCACCCACCACCAUGCCGGGGCGUUUCUUUUGACAUUAAAAAUGCUGAUGGCGAAACUCAAAGCAAAUGACUGGGGCGCUUUGGAUCAAAACCUUGCCGUGCAGCGUGCAGAUCAAAUCUCUCACCUCCUCGUUUCUGCCAUGUCUCUUGGGACAACUGACCCAAAUCUUGGAGAGCCUUUGAAGAAUUUCGACACAGAUGAGACGUUGGAAGCGGGCCUGACGAUGUCUCCUCUCUAUCUGGAAGCCUCUCAUGCUAUCCUGCCUCCCGAAUUCUCUUCCAUUUCCGCUUGUCUCGCCUAUCUUCGAGCAGGAUACCCUCGGCUUGAAGAGCGGUACAACAUGGAUGACAGGGAAUAUUACCGAUCACUUCAAGCUUACCUACAAGCUGUUGUUGAGUCGCGAGUCGAGCAGGUCAGACGGUGGAUAACUGUUAACACUGAGAGGUUUGGCCCAAAGGCAGAGAUUACAGCUCUCCUCCAUACCUUUGAUGCAUUCGCCAAGGAGAUGCAGCUUAGCGUGCUGCUUUGUGGCUCCAAGUGCUCGCAAUGUGGCCUCAUCUGCUUGGAACAUAAGCAGCAUAAUGAGCCGGUCAUGAAGGUCGUCAUGUAUGCAAAGGUGCAGCACACCUUUGUGACAGAGCCUCCCGCCGACCAUGACGAUGAAGAGGAUCACAGGUGUGUAAAUGUGUGCAUUCUAGUCAUUUCUGAACUCGAUCCCACUCCUACAGGUGUGCAGCUAGGGUACAUGCUUGUGGGCAGCCAUGUAGCCUUCGGAAACCAGAUGGAAGUCCACUUUGUGAUCGUCCAUGCAUUAUUGAUUGUCAAAGUGCACAUAAUCGUCACGAAUGUGAUCGUGCCCUAUCUUGCCCUAUCAAGUGCCAGUUACGAUGCGGCAAUUCAUUUAUGCGGACAAAGUCACGUCUGCAAUAAAAGAUGUCAGCGUCCCGGCAUUUGCGAAAUUGCGACCACUCCUCAAUCCAUUGAGUCGACGUUUACAGGGAAGCAUACUCAAUACCAAUUCACAAAGUACUCGCAAGAAGCCCAACGACUUCCCUGCGUUGUCCCAAUUGAACCUGGCGAACUCAAGCACAAGGGGCAACACGUUCACUCCCUCGAUCCCGCUGCCUUCCACUAUUGCCAAGAGAAGUGUAAAUACUGUGGCUACUAUUGUACCCUCCCCCUAGGGCAUCCUCAGAAAGAACAUGAGACUUCUCAUGGCUCUAUGUCCCAAACUCAGUGGGUACUUGAUGGCGGCGAUGAUGCGGUACUGGAGCUCGAAGGUCGAAAGUAUGCCACGGGGGACAGUGGUGCUCCAAUGCUUUGCUCUAUGGUCUGCAAGGCGUUGCAUAGGCAUUCUCACCUUGAUACCUGCCGAGCGGACACUGAGCUUGAAUGCAGUGGAGCAGAUGUUCAGCAUAGAAAGAGCGAGAAAGGCAACAGUGGACAAGACUGGAUAACGCAUCGUCUGUACUGGGCACGAAGCGGUUUCAAAGAUCCGUACACCAACGUUGAACAAGCUGAGUUUGAUCUUUGUGACCAUCGUUGUGGUGGUGAUGAGCACGAUGCAAGUAUCAACACUGGUGCCCAGGAUUCGUAUUGCGUCCUUCCUCUUUUCCACCCUCCAGCCGAUGCAAGUCAGGCACCAAGCCUGGGCCACAUCUCUCAAGAUGGUCACGCGUAUAGGUGCAAGAACCCUGCUCUGAUGCAGCGCUCAUUCCACAUCUUUUUUGUGCUUGAUCACUCUGGUUCAAUGACUGCUACGGACAAAAGGCCCCUUUCGCACUCUCCUGCGACUGCAAGGAUCGUCCAACGUGCAAAUAAUCGAUUUGGGGCCGUUGUUUCGUCCAUUUACGGCUUUUGGACCGCACGAGACAAAGCCGUUCGAACUGGUUCCUCCAGCGGAGCCCGUCGCGACGCUUACACAAUCAUUCCGUUUGAAUCAACUGCUUCGGUCGCUUUAUCCAACGACAUGACCAGUGAUCCAGAUCAACUUUUGAAUCUUAUUCUUUCCUACGGUGGUGGUUAUGGUGGGACAAACUUUACUCACGCCUUGGAAACCGUACGACACGAAAUGGAAAGGUCAUGGUCGACUGAGCGCUCACCUAUCGUCAUAUUUCUUUCAGACGGCGAGUGCUCCAUCAAUGACUCGACCAUCUACGAUCUUUGUCGAACUGCAGUCCGACUUGGCAAACCAUUGGGUUUCCACACCGUCUCAUUUGGAGCAGACACGUAUUCACAAAGCUUGCGAAGAAUGGCCGCGAUCGCCGACGAGGUAUACGCAACUGCUCCUAGGGAUCCGCUUGCUCCGCCUGUGGGCUCAGCAUGUACCUUCAGCAACGCCGUUGAUACGAUUCAGCUUGCGUCGACUUUCAUGAGUAUCGCGCAGUCGCUUCAGAACACUCGUGCUGCGCUCUCUCGCAUUUGA